AUUGUAUUAAUCUCAGCCACAUAAUCAUUGGAUUUUAUGCCCUUGUUCAACAAUUUCCCCAGGAGUACUUGUUUAUCUUUUAAAUCAUGUACAAAAUCGUUCGUCAUUCAAGACUCAUCAAUCCUCAGUCUUAUGUACUAAACGCUGGUUUACACACAACAAGAAAAGUUUUGGCAUCACCAAUAAAGGAGGCUACGGAUUUAUCACCUAUAGGGAAGAUUGCACAUAGUAUUGAUUCCUUGAAAAGCAGCAUUUUAAGUUCUUCACUACUCCGUAAUGUUACUAAACCAGCAGAUACACCUUUUACAGGAUCAGCUUCAAAUUGGAAUCAAGCACUCAGUGAAGCCCAAAGUCUUGUUAAAGAAAAGGACAAUGAACGCAUAAUUGAUCCUGUGCGUUUAGUAGGCGACGAUCUAAAAGAAUUGAAAGAAAAUAUUUCAAAGCUGUUAUAUAGCGGACACCCCUUUUUGAAUAGAGUUGCUCGGCAUUAUUUUCAUGGCGAAGGUAAACACGUACGACCUUUACUAGUGCUUUUAAUUGCACAAGCAACAAGCAUAACUGUGAAAAAACAAUCACCAGCACAAAUAAAUUAUGAAUCUAUUGAUACCCCGAUUUCACAUGGUCUUCAAAAUAUCACCCAAAGCGGUGUAUUUGACCGUAAAUUACAUUAUACACCUUCAAUAACUGAGCAGGGCUGUGUUAUCUUGCCUACUCAAAGACGCUUAGCAGAGAUUUCAGAAAUGAUCCAUACAGCUUCUUUAUUGCAUGAUGAUGUGAUUGAUGCGUCUAUGACACGUAGAAAUUUGCCUUCAGCAAAUGCCUCGUUUGGUAAUAAAAUGGCUGUCUUGGGUGGCGACUUUUUAUUAGCACGAGCAUCAUUAGCCUUAGCGCGCUUAAGGAAUACUGAAUGUACAGAACUGAUGACGACGUGUAUUGCCAAUUUGGUAGAAGGAGAAUUUAUGCAACUCAGAAAUACAAACGAAGAAUCAAAUAAUCAUGUAAAAAAGUUAAGUACAUUUGAUCAUUAUAUGGAAAAGACGUAUAUGAAAACAGGUAGUUUGAUUGCUCAGAGUUGUAAAGCAUCUGCAGUUCUAGGCGGUGCAACAAAAGAAAUUGCAUCCAUUGUACAUGAUUUUGGAAGAAAUUUAGGUUUGGCUUUUCAGCUUGUAGAUGAUAUGCUUGACUUUACUGUGACAGCUGCAGAACUUGGAAAACCUGCUGGUGCAGAUUUAAAGCUAGGAUUAGCAACCGCACCUGUAUUAUUUGCUUGGGAGGAAUAUCCAGAGUUGGAACCAUUGAUCAAAAGAAAGUUUUCGCAAAAGGGAGAUGAAGAAAAAGCAAGAGAUCUUGUAUAUCAAAGUGAGGGAUUAAAAAAGACUUUAGAAUUGGCAGAACAUCAUUGUAAAUUAGCUAAAGAUGCGUUGUAUAAACUUCCACCAUCUGAUGCUCGUGCAGCUUUAGUUCAAAUUACAGAUAAGCUAUUAACUAGACGCUCUUAGACUUAUUAGAAUUUUUCUUUUAAUCUACAUAUACAUACCACUCAUAUGCUUAAAUGCAUAUUUUAUAUAUGAAAUAUAAAUACAUAUUCAUACAAGUAUCUGCAUGAUCGUAUUAUUUGUAAAUAAGGAGUAAUACAAGAUAAAUAGUUGUACAAAACCCUUUUCUCAGUAUGUAUUAUUAUUUGUUUAUUUGUGUGUGGAUAUUUCAAGUAUUUCGGUGCUUAUAAUACUGAACGACGAGCUUUUUUUUUUAAAAAAAAUAAAAU